AAAUCACACUCAACCUUGAGUUUUUUGUCAAAGCAUCACUCCCUGAAGCCUUCUUGACCUCAAAGCAGGCCUCCCCCUCGCUCCUAGAAGAUGACAGGCGCACCCUAAAUCUAGGAGCCGGGGUUGACAGACUCUUGGAAAGCGGGAGGUGAGGCACAAACGCGGCUGCUCGACACGUCCCCGCGGGAAGCGUGGCGGAGCUUCGAGUUUUCCAGCCCACGGAAACGUCAGGGGUGCGCAGAGCGGCUGCUGCGGGGCGGAAGUGCAUCCCCGGGGCCCGUCUAGGAAAUCGGGAGGACCCUGCGCGUCAGUGGUCAAGGGACACAGUGGGUUUCGCGAGGUGCAUUGGGACAUUCCAGCCAGCCGACCGGCCCAGUCCGACCGGACGAAGAUGGGGUGAAUGAGGGCAAGAACCGCAGACGGGAAAGCUGGGACGGGCAUGGGGGCGUGGGUUCGCUGGCCACCUGUUCCUCCCGCGAGUGCGGCUCGCGCGGAUUGGCCGCAGUGCGCCCGGUACCGGAAGUGGCCGGCGUGGGUCGCCCGUGACACCAGACAACAGCUGCGGUUCUGUGCGCGCCGCGGUGCAGCGCCCCGGGCCCGGCGGAGUGAGCGUGGGCAGCAUCCGCCAGCGGUUGUGAUAUGGGGACUGAGAAAAAGGAAAGGCUUCCCAAGGAGGAAACUUCUGAAGACUCCAAGCCACAUGGGCAAACAGUGGAAAAACUUGCACAGGAGGUUUGCCGUGGCCAUGAGUUUGGAGAAGCAAGCGAGGAAGACAUGUCAGAGGGACAUUUGAGAGAGUCCUCGAAGGAGAUUAUAGAACACGUGUAUCCUCAGGAGAGACACUUUGCAUCUGGGUUACUUAUCUUCAAGAAGUCGUCCUCAGGUGAGAAAGACCAGAAAACUAGUGAGAAUCCGAGAGACUUUAACCCUAACCCUAGUGUAUUGAUGUGUCAUGGAGGUGCUGAGAGGGCCAGCGCAUGUGCUGCCUCUGACCACAACUGCCUGGGGAGUAUGGAGCUUACUAAAGCGCAGGGGCCUCCCGUGGGAGAGAAACCUCACACGUGUAAAGAGUGCGGGAAAGCUUUUAAUCAGAACUCACAUCUCAUCCAGCAUAUGAGAGUCCAUAGCGGAGAAAAACCCUUUGAAUGCAAAGAGUGUGGAAAGACCUUCGGGACUAACUCCAGCCUUCGAAGGCACCAGAGAAUUCAUGCUGGAGAGAAACCCUUUGCUUGCACUGAGUGUGGCAAGGCCUUCAUUCAGAGCUCACAUCUGAUUCACCAUCACAGAAUCCAUACUGGAGAAAGACCUUAUAAAUGUGAAGAGUGUGGUAAAGCCUUCAGUCAGAACUCAGCCCUUAUUCUACACCAGAGAAUCCACACUGGAGAGAAACCCUAUGAGUGUAACGAGUGUGGGAAGACCUUCCGGGUUAGCUCACAGCUCAUCCAGCAUCAGAGAAUUCACACAGAGGAAAGAUACCACGAGUGCAGUGAGUGCGGCAAAGCCUUCAAGCACAGCUCCGGCCUCAUCAGACAUCAGAAAAUCCACACGGGAGAAAAACCCUAUCUGUGUAACGAAUGUGGGAAAGGCUUUGGUCAGAGCUCGGAGCUUAUCCGCCAUCAAAGAAUCCACACAGGGGACAAGCCCUAUGAGUGCAGUGAAUGCGGGAAAACGUUUGGCCAGAACUCAGAAAUUAUUAGACAUAUCAGAAUUCAUACCGGGGAGAAGCCCUAUGUGUGCAAAGAGUGUGGGAAGGCCUUCAGGGGUAACUCGGAGCUUCUGAGACACGAGAGGAUUCACACUGGGGAGAAACCCUAUGAGUGCUUUGAGUGUGGGAAGGCCUUCAGGCGGACCUCUCAUCUGAUUGUCCACCAGAGAAUCCACACUGGGGAGAAACCCCAUCAGUGUAAUGAGUGUGCAAGAACCUUCUGGGAUAAUUCUGAGCUGUUGCUUCACCAGAAGAUUCAUAUCGGAGAGAAACCUUAUGAGUGUAGCGAAUGCGAGAAGACGUUCAGCCAACACUCCCAGCUCACCAUCCACCAGAGAAUUCACACUGGAGAAAAGCCAUAUGAGUGUCAGGAGUGCCAGAAGACCUUCAGUCGGAGCUCCCACCUCCUCCGGCACCAGAGCGUUCACUGUAGUGAGUGAGCUGCAGACCAGGAAGGUGGUGUGGGGAGGCUGGAGGCAGACAUCUCCAUUGCUCUGUACCCGGGCCCUAGCGUCAGAUGAAGGGACAGGGUCUCCCCCUGCCUGUCCACUGAGUGUGUGCCAGUUGUCGGCCGAAAGUGAUGAGGCAGUUUUAUGAACUAUUUAUUGAGAAGUUUCAGCAUACUAAAUUAAAUCAUAAAAGUUGUCUCCGGCCUUAA